ACAAUUAAUUGAGCAUGUCGCCGACUAACGCGUCCACAUGCAGCUACUGCCAGAAGGCGGUUACCGAUGACAACUAUCUGGAGUGCUUGAAAUGCGAGCAAUAUGUGCAUAUAAAGUGUCUACCACAUGCUAGCACGCCAGGUGACUUGCUUGGCGAUGUGUUUUUUGAUUUCACGUGCAUACGGUGUGUAGGCUUAGAAAACAAGGAUUCCGUGGAAAAGCCCAAGGAGCGAUUUGUGCGUCAACGCAUACCUUGGCUGUUGGUGCUGACGCUAACGUUGUACAAUCUUUCCAUUAAAUCGAAAGGCUUAAGUCAUCAUGGCUACUUUCACUGGCGCACGCACAUUAUCAACUUUGUGGAGAAGAACUGGAACUUUAUAUUCGAGCCAAAAGUUCGCCGCCGCAAGCAAUGGACAGGUUCUGUUUCCGGCGCAUUGUCGCACAACAGCCCAGAAUACUUUCAAAGUGGCAUGUCCGUAUGUCUGGAGCAUGGCUGGUGGAAGCUGGCCAAACCCAAUCUAACACCACGCAGCGUGCGUGCUGAAUAUGAACAUCGCACACUUGAGCGUCAGCAGCUGCGUAUAGAUCGCCGCGCGCCAGCGGUGGAUGAGAACAGCUGUGGCAGCGACUUGUCUGUCACAGAUCAUGUGAAUGAAGUGUCAACAAUUGCAAGCGCUCCAGUAGAGGAGCCAGCAAGCAGCGAAGGCUGUGCGCGUGCCAUUCCCUACAUGGGUCGACUGCCCAAGACACAAGCAGCAGCAGCGCCACCGUCACCAGAAACCAAGCAAGAAGACGUCGAGGAUACACCGCAGCAACCUCUAAGCAGCGUUCAAGCCAGUUUAAUGGACUUUUUGGCAGAAAGCUUGGGUGGCGAUGAUUUGAGUAUGUUUAUGCCACCACCACUUAUAGGUACUCCAGGCAUAGGCAAGACAGAUUUCUUUAUGUCGGAAGCAUUGCUAGAACCACCAGGUGCCAGUGGCAGUCUCUUUGAGCUUGAAGGCAAUUUUGGACUACCGCCAGCUGAAAGUGAAAUACAGCCGCCAGAGCAACAGCCAAUGGAGCAAGCAGAGCCGCAACAAGCCAGCUCUGAAAGCGAAGAGGAAGCCAUGGAGCAGGCAGAGCCACAGACUGAGCAGAGCGAUUGCUAUCAAGCACGCAUAGUGCAGGUGACCAAUUUCCAAGCGCAAGAGCCACAGCAGCAAAAGCCAAUCAAAGAAGAGCCACUAGAAGUUAUAGAAGACACAGCUGAGCCGCCUGAGAGUCAAAAUCCAAGCCUCGAGCGCUGUGAACCAAGUGGCUUUAAAAGACAAACACGUCGCAAUUGGCCUUGGUUGCAAGAGCAAAAGCAACAGCCAGCAGAGGAAACUACACAGCAGUUGCAGCUAAUGAGCGUUUAUGAGGAGCAGCAAUUGCAUCAGCGUUUGGAAAAAUACUUUGCGCUGGAGCAGCGCUGUAAAAUGGAAAUACCCGCCCAUGUGCGACGUUUCUAUCGUAAGCUGUGCGUGCGCAAAUGGAAACGUGAACACAAUCGUAGCAUAUUCAAUCUGGACGAACAUGUGGAUCCCACGGCGCGGCUGCAAAUGCUAAACAGAGAAAAGAAACCACAAAUUUUAGAUCGGUAUCACCUGUUGGAGCAGGCGACGCUACAAAAACGCAGCACGUUUCGUGCCAGGCUUAUGGGCACGACGGAGUACGAGUUAUUUGAGUCGCCCUACACACAACGCGUGCUCCAGCCCUUUGUCUACCGCAGCAGACAAAUGGCGCCGCCUUGGCUAAAGCUCAUGUGCGAGCUACAGUUUAAAGUAAAUAAGACUCAUCCCACCAGAGCUACUAUCGACUUUUGUUAUGUGCGGCCACAGCAUAUACCAGCGGUAAAUGCGCUGCUCCAAAGCGCCUUCUGGUCAGGCAUCGAUGUUAGCGAGUGCUUGAGCUAUCCCGACUAUAGCGUUGUGGCGCUUUAUAAAAAACUUGUCAUUGGCUGCGGCUUUCUAGUGCCAGAUGUGGGCUUCAACGAAGCCUAUAUAUCCUUUAUGGCCGUGCGCCCAAAUUGGCAGCGUAGCGGCAUAGCUACCUUCAUGCUCUAUCAUCUUAUACAGACUUGCAUGUCCAAGGAUAUAACACUGCAUGUGUCGGCAAACAACUCGGCUGUGAUGCUCUACCAAAAGUUUGGCUUUAAGAUUGAGGAGGUGAUAGUGGACUUUUAUGACAAGUACUUGCCGCUGGACUCCAAGCAAAGCCGUAAUGCUUUCUUUUUGCGUCUAAUGAGAUGAUGGCACACUAAGUGUAA